AUGUCGCGGAUCAACCUGCCGUCGAACCAGAUCAAGCUGACCAACGUGUCGCUUGUGCGCCUCAAGAAGGGCAAGAAGCGCUUCGAGAUUGCGUGCUACAAGAACAAGGUCAUGGAGUGGCGGUCCGGCAUCGAGACGGACCUGGACAACGUGCUGCAGAUACCCAACGUCUUCCUGAACGUCUCCAAGGGCCAGACCGCUCCGAAAGAGGACCUGGAAAAGGCUUUCGGCAAGGGCAAGAGCACAGACGACAUCGUGCUGGAGAUCCUGAAGAAGGGCGAGAUGCAAGUGGGAGGUAAAGAGCGGGCGGAGCAGCUUGAGCGGGUGCAUAACGAGGUGAUUGGGAUCGUCGCGAGUAGGCUCGUUGAUCCGAGGACGAAGAGAGUUUACACGACGGGCAUGAUUGAGAAGGCCUUGGACAUGUUGUCUUCGGCGGCGCACGGCGCCGCGGAAGAUGGCAAGAAGGGCAGCAACGCGCCAAGCGGGGCCGGCACGCCCGCGGGCGGGGAGGAAGGAGAGGCCAAGCCGAGGGAGAAGAGCAUCCACUGGACCGGCGUCGUGACGACCAAGUCGGCGAAGAGUCAGGCGCUGGAGGCGAUGAAGGCGCUGAUUGCGGCGCAGCCUAUCCCCGUGCAGAGGGCGAGGAUGAGGCUGAGGGUUACGUGUGCCACGAGCGUGCUGAAGCAGGCCGUCAAGGACAAGGCGCCCAAGACGGAGGAGGGGGGCGAGACGGCGAAGGCGGGGACGGUGAAGGAUCGGAUCCUGGGCUUCGUGGAGCAGGUCGAGAGCCAGGACGUGCUCGGGAGCGAGUGGGAGGUUGUCGGGUUCGUCGAGCCGGGUGCGUUCAAGGGGCUCAGCGAUUUUAUUGCAGGAGAGACGAGGGGGAUGGGACGGGUCGAGGUUCUUGACAUGGCUGUCGUUCACGAGGAUUAG